UUGAGUUGGUGAACGAAAUGGACCUUUUGAUCUGGCGAAGAACUGUACAUAUCUAUCUAUCUGUAUUUUAACUCAAUUAUUUAUAAUUUUGUUGUACAUAAAAGAGCAGAGUUUGUUUAUAUGUUUACUGUAAUAAGGUUUAUCGCAUCUUUCUGUGGUGUGCGUUUUCUGGAUCUAAGACUGCAUAACCCCAGUUAAUAGUUAUUAUAUGUACAUGUACAUGGAUGAGGUCUUCUCAUUUUAUGCGGGAGCCUUCGUUAUUGUGUAUUCUGAUAAUCUGCUUUCGAAGCCUCAUAGGCUCAUUGCCGAUGGUCGAAAACCGAAAGCCGAACAAGAAAGCAGUAUUAUUGUUAUCAUCCAAAUACUGCUAUGAUUAAAGUAUUGAGCCGUUAUGGACGAUAGAAAACUUGUGGAGCAGGAUUUCGUACAAUCGUAUCAGGCUGUGAUACAGCGGGCUUCGAAAUCUCUGAUAAAACCAGUUCAUGAUGUCUGCUGUGCUGCCGUUAAUGUAUCGAAGCAAAUACAAGCAAUCCAACCUUCCCAGGAUCAAAUUUGGGAAGUGGAACGCAAAGGCCGACUUCUGGAAAACCAGAUUCUCUUUCUGCGCACAAUGGAAAGACGGAUGGAACUGGAACAGGUGCAGUCUGGGAACACUCCGCAGAAGAUGGAAUCACUGGAACAGCGCAUGCAACAGUUGGUCGAAGUCACAGAAACUGAAAACGCUGAAAACGAAAAUGCGCUUUUUGAGCAGAGAAUUCUGAGCCUGCGCACUCUUCUGAAAAACAAAUUUGAUAUCGUUGUCCCAGCUACCGUGGUGGCGCCUCCUAACCAAGAGAAAACAACGACAGCUGUGCAGAACCCGUUAUCCUCUGUGGCUAAGCUGGAUGCCAGUGUCUCCGUACCCAGUGCGUCGCCUAAUGUGCCGCGGUCAUUUCCUGUCACAUCCACGCCCCUCAGUCAGGCUAAAUUCCGCAGCCGAAUUCCCCGUCUGUCUGACGUGCGCUCAGCUCAGAAAUCCCCGUAUCUGAAGCUGCAUUGCCCGGACAACCAGAUCCCGCGAAUGGAAGCGGUCAAACCGGCAAACGCUGCCGGCUCGGCUGCCAAGUAUUCCUUUGCUCAAUCAUUAGCCAACGACUCCUACGAUCGCAUCGCCAUAAAAUCAUCCGCUGUCGCUGCGCAGAUUCCUGUUCCAGCGGUACAGUCCUUGUCGAGUCCAGUAUAUCAACGCAGUGCUGUACUGCAGACGCCUUCCAAAUUCCAUACACCCGGCCAACGGGCCAAGCCAGCCGUAAGCAGUAAUUCGAAGCAAUGGCCGAAUCGAGCGCCUGUAGUGAGCCAAUCGAAAUCAAUUCCCGAACGCGUCCCUGUUGUUGUACCGCGAGAGCCCAGCCCUGCUAAGAAUUCACUGGAAGAAGUGACGAGAAUGAUCAAUAUGCUCCGUAGUAAGCGCCUGGUUUGAGCCUUCGGAAGCGACAACUCGUGUUCCCCAGUUUUUUACAAGCGCUCUUUAUGCCGUUUUAUUUCAGUUUUGAUUUUACAUUAAUGGUUCACAAAAUGUAUUUACAAACAUUCAUAUAAUGAAUCUUUUCACCGGAAAAAUUUUAUCACAGUUUUAAAAUAAUGAUUAUUGUACGUUGUAAUCACUGCAUUGUAUAGGCAUUCGUCUGUUAGUGAGCGGUGGCUUUGCUGUCGGCGGCGUUUUGUCGCGGUAAUAAAUGAACUGAUCGGCACGUGCUUUCGUUGUAUACGUGCAGUGGAUCCAUUGGUACUAUUUCUGCAAGCGAUAGUUUCAGUAAUAAAGUU